AUGGCUAAAACAAACAAUAACAAUGUUCUAUCUUCCUCCGUGGUUGAACUAAACAAUAGCAAUGAACUGCCACCAGUGAAGAAGACCAAAGGCCGAAGAAGGGUGGAAAUCAAGAAGGUGGAAGCAGCUAGCAACCGCCAUGUCACAUUCUCAAAGCGCAAGAAGGGCCUUUUCAACAAGGCAGCAGAGCUAAGCCUCUUGACCGGCGCAGAAACCGCCGCAAUAGUAGUAUCUGGCAAUGGCAGGAUGUUUGGCUUCGGUAGCUCCAGUUGUGACGCCGUCAUCCACCGUUACCUUACAGAGAGCAACCCUCAAGUAGCAUUGGAGUCAGAUCGUCGCAACAAAAACGUUAACAUCGCCGUGAACUCUGCGCAUUUGGCAAAGCUAAGGCAGCAGUUAUUGGAGGCCCGGAGGCAGCUGGAAGAGGAGAAGAAGCGAGCCACAAUGAUUCAACAAAGGAAACAGGAGGCGGGAGGGGCUGUACCAGCCAAGUUGUGGUGGGAGGAGGAGAUGAUGGAUCAAAGUCCGAAGGAGUUAGAGAGUUACUCUGAGGCGUUGCAUAGGCUGAAGAGUGAUGUGGAGAGGAGAGCUCAACAGAAGAUUAUGAAUCUUCCAUGCAGCUAUACGUCGCUAAUGGAUGGUAGAGUUGCCAUAGGUGAGAAUUACAUGAAUAAUAAUAAUAGCAAUAUGAAGAAUAUGUAG